CCCUGGAUCAGCAGGACUGGUCCCCUCACACAUCCCAACCACUACCCAGGAGACUCUGCAGCCCUGGAUCAGCAGGACUGGCCCCCUCACACAUCCCAACCAUUUGCAGAUGAUACAGAUUGUGGGGUGGGCCAAGUCAGAGCCCUGAAUUCGGGUCUGGAUGGCAGACUAGCUCUUCCUUAUCUGCACCACUGGGGCAAGCUGCGCAGCACGGCUCCAGCUAGGCCACCCAGUUCCUCUGUCUGCAGGAGGUUCAGAUCUAUUGUGCUGCCCAGGUGAGGUGCAAGGCCCGCUCUCAUGAGUGCUGCAGCAGCUGGCUCACGCAAUUCGGCUACUCCUGGAAUACACGGACUCAAGCUAUGAGGAGAAGAGAUACACCAUGGGGGACGCUCCUGACUAUGACAGAAGCCAGUGGCUGAGUGAGAAAUUCAAACUGGGCCUGGACUUUCCCAAUUUGCCCUACUUAAUUGAUGGGUCACACAAGAUCACCCAGAGCAAUGCCAUCCUGCGCUAUAUUGCCCGCAAGCACAACUUGUGUGGGGAGACAGAAGAAGAGAAGAUUCGUGUGGACAUUUUGGAGAACCAGGCUAUGGAUGUCUCCAAUCAGCUGGCUAGAGUCUGUUACAGCCCAGACUUCGAGAAACUGAAGGCGGAAUACUUGGAGCAGCUCCCUGGAAUGAUGAAGCUCUUCUCACAGUUCCUGGGCAAGCAGUCAUGGUUUGUGGGUGAAAAGAUUACUUUUGUAGAUUUCCUUGCUUACGAUAUCCUGGACCUGCACCUUAUAUUCGAACCCACGUGCCUGGAUGCCUUCCCAAACCUGAAGGACUUUGUGGCCCGCUUUGAGGGACUGAAGAAGAUCUCUGCUUACAUGAAGACCAGCCGCUUCCUCCGAACACCCCUGUAUACAAGGGUGGCCACUUGGGGCAAUAAGUAGGGCCUUGACUGGGCAGGAAGUGGGAACCUGGGGUUCUGGGAACAGUUGAACUUCCUGUAGCCCUGGUGCUGCCUUCUUUCCAUCCCUUUCCUGACUCCAGAGUGUCAGGGUUCCACUUUUCUUUCCCCCAGUCCCUGCCCCUUCAAACCUACUAAAGCCUAGGCUCCGAGUUUUCCUUAAGCAAAGUGCCCGUCUAGCAUGUCUGUGUCCCGCACCCACUCGAUACUCUUGCCUGGCUCUUGCUGGGCUGUUGUGAAGAUUUGGGACUCUCCAUCAGCACUCAGCCUGGGGCCCUCCAUACUUGCCUGACGACCAAAGACGCCUGAUGUAUGUAUGAGGUCCCUGCACAGCUCUUUUGGAUCCCUCCUGUAAAGUCUGAACCACAUUGGCUCUGGCUGCCGCACUGCUAUCUCCAGUGCCUGCCUCGCGAUCCUGGCAGAGGCCGAGUUCACAGGGAUUUUAGUUGGAUAGGCAGGGGUUUGGGCCUUCCUGGCCUCACCUGAUUGUAUCACAAAGGCAGCUGCAGAAAGAGCUCUGCGAGCUCAAAGGAAGCUUAGAUCUCCUUUAUGCUAGCAGCACUGAGGUUUGUCAUACAGGUCUCAGGGGUGAGGAUCCAGGCUGGUGGGAGUCUCCAGCAGUAAGCCAGGAUCCUCUCUACCCAAUGUGCUAUGGCUGCCUUAUAUCUAUGUGUCUCCAGGAUCCUGUCUUUGAUGUGUUGGUCACCAGGGAUGAGGACCAUCUUGGUUCAUCCCUUCUCUCUGUGAGCCCCUGUGAAAUAAAAUUCUUCAUGCUUUCGUA